AUUUUUAUAGAGUCCAGAAAGCGGGACCUCGCAAUUCACAGAUUUCGACAGAAUCCACCGCAUUUUAAGGUACGUUAUAUAUGCGACUUUAUUAUAUAGUACCGAGUGAGAUGUACUGAAAAAUAUACAGUGAGAUAUUUUCCGUAUCUUUACUGGUGAAGAUAUCGAUCACUUGACAAUUUGCUUUUGAGCGUGGAAUUUCACAGAACAUUACACGGUGGCUUGAAGAUAUGACUUUUAUCUUCUCGUGUGAAAAACAAUAUUUUACUCACUCGCUGCGCUCGUUCGUAAAAUAUUGUUUUCACCACUCAAAGAUAAAAGUCAUUUAUCGCUUCCCUGCAUAUAUUAAACCACCAUCGGCAAACUGUUUGUCAGGCUGAGCUCGGUUUUCUGUGCUGCCGAAUACUACAAGACCAGUCAAAGCCUUUAUGGCAUAAUUAUGGCUUAUGUGCCCGGUUGUUGGCACAUAGCCGCUUUAUUGUUUUAAUCGAUUUUUAAUAAUUAACAAGAAAAAUUAUUAAUUAAUAACUAUAUAACAUUUAGCACAGAAAAGGUGGGGGCAUUACUAACGUCCACUAUACAUAACGUAUCUAUAUAAGUUCAACAUAUCGCGUCCAACAACGGGGAGGAGGGUGGGUAAUUCUCUUCCAUCCAAUUUCUUGAUGUGAACUGCAGCCCAUAUGGAAUAGGAAAGGAAAGAUGGCCCGCUUCGCCACUGAUAAAUACCGAAAUUUCCAAUCACGUGACUACACUUAAAUUAACUUGCGCGCGCAAAUAACUUAUUUCGCAUAAUUAAUUUCAACUAUAAAUUAUUCCGGGAAGCAAUAAAAACUCUUAUCGCUGUGGCAAUAAGUUCCUAUCUUCGCGCCGCCGUGUAAUAUCCUCUAUAUAUUGAAAAUAAACACAAGGUCAACAAAGAGUAAAGCAGUUUAUAAUCGAUUUUACCCUGGAGUAGUAGGUUCAGUGUUAGCAUUUGAUGAAUAUAAUGACUCUGUAUGUUUAGGUUAUAACUGGUGAUGAUGUGUAUGAUGUUGGCAAGGUAAGUAAUUUAAUUAAAAUUUUAAAGGACGUGCGCCUCGCUCUCUUUGAGAAAUCUAAAUGACCUCCCUCCCAAAAUAUCUUUAAUCCCAUUAAUGCCUCCUCCCUUGACGAUUAUAAUCGAAUAACAGAAUAAAUUAAUAACGUAGGGUGCAGAGAAUAGGAAGGUACAGCAGAAGCGUAACUCAAGCAAGUAUUUGUCCGCGUUUUUACAAGCAAUUCGUCAUCAAUCACGCCAUCCUGGCUAGUACAACCGGCACUUUGUACCUACCAAAACCUGAUAAAAACUUCCGGCUGUAUUAGCAAGGAUGGCGUGAGCGAGUUAAAAUUUUCGUGGACAUAAAACAAUAAAGGAACCGACUCAAGUUACGCUUCUGCUGUACCUUCCUAUUCUGUGAUUUGAGCACUUUACAGCUUGAUGGUUUGAUUUCUCUGUAAGGUUGCUAUACAGAAAUCUUUGACGUAUACAAGUUUCCUUAAUAUUAUCGUAUUUUCGUGUUUUCAGGGCAGAAACAACUUGUUUCAUAGUAUUAUUUUAUUUCUACUGAUGGUCAUGAGAAAACAACAUGGCAUGUUAGGGUGAGUAUAUAGCCACGAACGAUCUGUGCCAGGGUAGCUGUCGUUGGUAGGGAUGCAACUACCAGAAAAAUCAUGUACGGAUUUUGUGGGGGGGGGCAGGCUACCCCCCAAUAUUAGCUAUAACCCCCCCAAACAAAAUGUCCACCCCUCCAAAAAAAUUUUCAACCCCCCCAAUAUUCGGCAUAAUAAAAAAUAAUUAAAUAAUCCACUCCAACGUGCAGAGUGUUGAUGGUACAAAAUAAACGUAGGAGUAGACUCAAAUAGAAAAAGACAGUGCAACACUCUGAAACUACUCGCUCCUCGCUUGCAUUCACUGGUUUAUUGGAGCAAUUGUAAAGUUUUGAAACUCUAUUAUCUCCCCUGAAUCCCUAGGGAUCUUUAGCUAGCAGGACGGCGACGGCUAUUAAUACAAUGAAAUUUAUGACAGUGUAGAUAGAAAAUGCAUACUUCGAGGUUCCAUGGGAGUUUUAGACGUCGUCCUUGCUCUGUUUACAACAGCAAACCAAAGAUUUUCACGUUUUGUACACAACGUCUGCCUUGCAAGCCGCGAGAAGUCGUCCUCGCCAAAUUGGCUUAGUAGAAGUCUUCUCAACUACAAACCUCUGUCUUAACCUUCUUAAAUUGCAAUUAAUUCAUACAACGGAUAAUACAAGACAUGUUGAUCCUAAAGUUACUUAUUCGAACGAGUUUAUUUUGGCCGUCGUCAUCGCGUUGCCGUCACCUAUUUGCUAAAGGUCCCUAAUAACAAGACAGCUGGCGGAAUGAGAGAACGUGGAAGUUCUGUUUAUAUUUUUCAUGUAGUUGUAUCUGUCUGAAUCUGUUGCUUUCAGAGUAUAUAGCACUUAGGUUAAUGUGAUAUGAUGAAGAACAUUAACAACCUACGACAACAUCACCAAGAACAACAAUAUCAAAAACAACAAUAUCAAAAACAACAAUAUCAAAAACAACAAUAUCAAAAACAACAAUAUCAAAAACAACAAUAUCAAAAACAACAAUAUCAAAAACAACAAAUGGCAAUAACGACAAAAAGAAGAACGACAACAACAGCAAUGACACAAACAACAACGCAACAACAAUGACGCCGACAACAACAGCAACAAGAAGAACACUAACAAUAACAACACAGCAACAACAAUAAUAACAUCAAAACAACAACAGCAACUACAACAACAACAACAUCAUAGCAACAACUGCGGCGAUAGCAGCAGCAACAACAACAACUGCAACAACAACGCAACAACACCUGCAGCAAUAACAACAACGACAUAGCAACAACAACGACAAUAACAAUAACAACACAGCAACUACAAUGACGCCGACAACAACAGCAACAAGAAGAACGCUAACAAUAACAAUAACAACAUAGCAACAACAACAAUAAUAACAUCAACACAGCAACAACAACAGCAACUACAACAACAACAACUACAACAUCAUAGCAACAACUGCGGCAAUAGCAGCAACAACAACAACGCAACAGCAACACAACAACACCUGCAGCAAUAACAACAACAACAGCAACAACAACAACGACAAUAACAAUAACAACACAGCAACAACAACAGCAACUACAACAACAACAACAACAACAACAACAUAGCAACAGCUGCGGCAAUAGCAGCAACAAUAACAACAACUGUAACAACAACGCAGCAGCAACACAACAACACCUGCAGCAAUAACAACAACAACAUAGCAACAACAACAACAACAAUAACAAUAACAACACAGCAACAACAACACAAUAACAACAAUAAGAACAACAAUAUGAGUUUUUGCAUGUAUAAUACAACAUUGUCAACUUGUGUUUUAGGCGUGUAAACCUUGGUCCAUCUGGGGUAAAUAUAUUGGGGAUAUUCAACAAGAGAUGACAGGACAACAGGGAACAAUCAAGGUGAAAAUGAUGCAUACAGGUACACUUGUAGGAUAGAGGGAUUUAAGGACGCAUGACACUGUUUAGGUCUGCGUCUUUUUAACCCGAACAGACCGAAAUUGGGCGAAAUGAAGUUUUAAGGAAAAUGAAUCCUCGGUUUGAACAAAUAGAAAUACGAUAUAAAACAAGGCUCAUGUUCGCCAGUGAGCUCCACUAUAUACCUGGAGUUAUACCUUCAAUUGGAAAUAAAAACAAAUUAACGAGCUCUAGAGAAAU